CUCAGCCUCUCAGCCUGCACUAGAGUGAGAGUAUUCACGUAUGUCAGAGGGACUAAUGGUGGAGGGCUGCUGCUGAAGACGAUGGCAGCACUCUGCGAGGAUGAAACAUAUGGACUCGACUGUGGCCGCAAAAGCGACAGGAUCUCAGUUUUACACGUUAAACUGACAGAAUCAACGUUUAAAGCGCUUGAAAACAAUCAAAACUGUAAGAAUGCACCAGCAUCGCAGGCAACUAUACGUUUCCAGGGUCUUCAAGGGCGCAUUAAAAUCCCAAAGUCCGAUGGAUUUCAAAACUUCAACUUUUUCCUGUCCAACUUUGGCAAAGACAAUCCUCAAGGAAGCUUUGAGUGUAUCCACCAGCAUGCGUCCAGUUCUGGGAUCGCCCACCUCUCCUCGCUGGGAACGAUUCAAGAAAAAAUCACAGUAUGUGCCACCAACGACUCUCACCAGGUGACCAAAGAACGUGUGGCCCAAACAGAUGAAGAUACGCGAAAGAACAUCAACAAAUUCAUCAAACCUGGAGGGCUGAGUAGAGACAAAAAAGUCCAGGGCCGAAAGCCAGCCCCCUCAGCACCCGACCACGUUCCAGAGAGGAAGCAGACCACACCCCUCAACCCAGCCAACACCAUCCGCAAGUGCCUUACCAACAACCCCGUGUCCCAGCGGCCUUACCGGGACCGUGUCAUCCACCUUCUGGCUCUACGCUCCUACAAGAAACUGGAGGUGCUGGGCAGACUGCAGCGAGACGGCGUAAGCCAGAAAGACCGCAACUCUUUGGGUACCACAUUGCAUCAGGUUGCCAAUCUGAACCCUAAGGAUAACUCGUAUUCACUGAAGGACUUUAUAUUUCGUGAGGUCCAGAGGGACUGGCCGGGCUACACGGAGGAUGAUCGCAUUCAGGUUGACAGAAUCCUGGCACGUAAAUUGGGCUUGAAUUCCGAGUCUGUCUCAUCCAGCAGUCCAAACAAAGAGCCCACGUCCCCAAUGAGCCUGCCUGAGACAGACUUCAUCGACCCUUUGAUGUCCAAGAAGCCACGAAUCUCCCAUCUCAGUAACCGAGGACCCCCUGCCUCAUCAGGAAGACAUCCUUUACAGUCCGAGGACAAAAAACCCACACCCCCAGUUACAGCUGCCUGUCCGGGACCCUCUUUACACCCUGCCUCGGGCUCCAGCUCAAACUCCCCCAGCACGCCGGAGGGCCGGGGAUCUCAGGACCUGCCCCUGGACCAGAGCUCAAUAUGCGGGAACUCCUCGGAGAACUACGCCCCACGCAGCCACACACCUAGCCCCACCAGCCAACCAGGUUCCACAACCUCCCCUUCUUUCUCCACCUGUACUGUUUCGACCACCACCGUCACUUCCACCACCACCAGCAGCCAAAACCUCCUCAAUGCCGCUUCUCCUAAGGGGAGCCAUGAUGGCAACGGCACCAAAAAGCCCAAGAAGUCGAAGAAGCACAAAGACAAGGAGAAGAACCAAGAAGGUGGGCGAGAGAGGGGUAAGGAUCGUAAGAGAGACAGAGAGCAGCACAGAGAGGAUCACUGUGAUAAAGAAGCACAGCCCAGGAAGAAGCACCGCAAUGAGGCAGAACAAAAACACAUUCCUGCCAACAUCAGCCGCGAGCCGGACGCAGCUGGCAAAGACAAGUCUGUCCACAGCACUGAACUUCCUGUCCCAGCAAAGCCUGAUUACAUCGCUAAGUACACUGCAGUGAUUUCUAUGGAUCAAAGGCAGCUAUAUAAGGAUGACUUCAAUGCAGAGUAUGAUGAGUAUCGUAUCCUUCAUGCCCGCGUUGAGAGCAUUGCUCGCCGAUUUACACAACUUGACACCAAAUGCAGGAGACUGGCACAAGGAACCAAAGAGUACCAAGAGGUACAUGUACAAGUGCUGCAAGAAUACAAAAAUAUUAAACAACACAGCCCGAACUACUAUGAAGAAAAACAACGCUGUGAGUACCUGCACAACAAACUGGCCCACAUCAAACGACUCAUCGCCGACUUUGACAAGCGGAAGGCACAGUCCUGGUUGUAGCGCACCGGACCAAGCAACUCCCUUCAUUCUGAGUGCACCGGAGGCUCAGAGGCCAUCUGUAAAGGGAGCGUGGGAAUCAAACAACUCCUUAUUUAUUAUUUUACAGAUUCCCCACUCACCUCUAUCUACACCCGGUCUUCAUUAUUCUUCAUCUUUCCUUCUUGCCAUCCCUUUAUUCUAAGCGCUGGUUCUUCUGAACGCCACCCUUUGUAUUAAAGAAAAGAGGAAGUCAGUCUUCCACUAGUGAUGUCAUGUGUUCAGGGGAUUAGCACUUAGUUCUUUUUCUUUUUGAAAAACUAUGGACAAAAAAAUAUUUUCAAAGGCGAAAAGAAAACAUAUCGAUAGUUAUGCAAUGCAAACCGAGGGCCUUACGAUGCGCAUUUCUUGAAGCCUUUCGCACACGGUGACUGAGCCAGUAUCUGUGAAAAAGUGGCCAUAAAACAGAGUGUUUCCAAGAGCCUUGAAACUUCCUUUCUCCUGGGGGCCCGUUUUUAUUUUCGAACAGCAUCAGUAUUUAAACCCGCAGUGCAAAUGAUGCCUUUGAGGUAUUAAUACGGAUGCAUGUUGAUGUGGAAUCAGUGACUUUCCAGCACCCAGGGCAGUGGGGAGAAAUGAUUAUGACCUCAUCGCAGGUCCAGCGCACAUUUGUGAAAGGUGUGAGCGAUGUUUGUUUGUGUGUGAAUGCGUGUAUGUGUGUAUGAGUGAGUGAAGCAAGGGUGGUGGUGGUGAGGGAGCGUUGUCAGUGUUUUUGUUGAUUCUGAGGGAGAAUUAUGGGUCAGACGCUAUGAGGAGAGAGAAAUAGGGUUGAGUAUAGAAGUCUAUAAAAGAGGAAAAAAAAUAGAAAAUAAAAAUCCCAAAAAAAGCUGCUAUAUUUUCUUUCUUUGAACAGCCAGAGCCUUUGGGAUCGAGCUGGCUGGUGUUACAUGUUCUUAAUUUGGGUCUGCUCUGUUUAAGAAAACCAUCGAACCAUCUGAGGCAAAGGUGCUACUGAUUUAUGCGGAAAUGCAUCAUGCAGAGACAGACCUGUAUAUCCAUUUCAGAUGUAUUUCAUUAAUUAUUACAUGUCUCAGAGCAGAGUUAUUUAUGAAAUAUGAAUAGCUAUAUAUAUAUAAAUAUAUAUUAUUUUUGUUUUUGUUCUGGAUAAAAAGGAAUUGCUGGAAUUUUCUUUAAGAGUAUUGGAAAAAGAUCAAAUGAUCAAAGAUCCUUAAAGUAUACGUCUUUAUUUCACAGUAUCAUAAGUCAAGAGCUAUUUAAAGAUUGAGGGAAACAUUGUUUACAAACCUGUGUGGCAGGAUGUUUUGCCAAAAAGAGAAAACUAUACAAAUAUGCUUUCAGUGCUGUGUUGUUCGUGUAAAAUAAAACAUGUUUCUCUGAGUGACACUUGGGCAUCUAUAAUGAACACUUACAGUGUCCCUCAUAUUUGUUUCUCUGUCUUGGGAAAUAAGACAUCACAUGAUUGUGCAAAUUCUCACUGGUUAAAAAAUAUUAACGGUGUAUUAUGAUCGCCGUGGUGUUCCGUGGGGAUUGCUUGGGUUUUUGGGGAGCAUCUGAAAACAAAAAAAUGUCUAAACAUCCACAUUUAGAUGUUCAUUUUUAAUUGUUGAUUUCCAGCUCACAGUGAUUCCAUUUGUUUCAAGUUGGAGGGUUGUUCUUUGUUUCCAGAUUGGUAAAAUAAAAACCUAAGUGAGUCAUUCUCGAAACAACAUUUCUGUAUUUGGGUUGGCAGAUGGGCUCUGAUCUGCUCCGUAGGGACUCAUCUUAUCAAACUCCCCAAAAUGUUAUCUUGUGUGGGAUUCUGUUAGAAAUGUUCAUUUUGCUCCCAAUUGUGGAUCAUUCGAGUGACAACCAAAUACAUGUUGUGGUUAUUUAAACAAGAACUGUAACAGCACUUUACUACAGACACUUUCCCUUACUUGCAAAUCAAACAGCCACGAUGGACCCUACAGUUUUGGGAUGACACUAAUAAGUGUUGUUUGGAUUGUGUAUACAUACAAAAAAAGCAAUUUCAUUUUGUGAUGUGUGACCAACACCUGUGUUUCCCGAUUGAAGAGACUUUAUAGGCCUCGGACACCACUAAAGAGAGACGUUAAUGUUGGAUACUAAGCCAAGAUUCUCAUAACACUGUCAUCUCUUUGUUUUGAAGGUGGGAUGGGGGAUGCUUAAGACUGUAACAGAAUAUUCGACCUGAAAACGUAUUAAAUCAGUUCAAUAAAAUGUGAACUUGACAACAUAAAAA